AUGGACUCUGGAAUUGAGCGCUCGCAAUCCCCACAGCUUUUGCCACCAGCAAAGGAGUCAUUAACGCCGGACAUUAUAUCCGAAAAACGUAGCAUCAAAGAGUCCCAGCCCCCUCCUCAGAAGGAGAUGGUCGUCGAGAAAGGGGAACCGGAACGCAAAAAACAUCACUUUCGACGACGACGGAUUGCGCGAGUGGAGUUUUGGCCUCUUCUCCUGUUGCGGGCAGCCGCACCUUUGUGUUGCGUCGCAUCGUUUUGCCCAUGCGUAAUUCAAGCACAAAAUGAGCGACGUCUCGACUAUCUUGCGAGGCACGGAACCCCAGACCCACAACGCCGAACUUUUUGCGCUGGAGAGACUCUCACGUAUGAUGUCAUUGACCUCAUCACAAAUAUAGGAUGGGCGUUGCAGGUCGCUACUCGGGCUGGCGUUCGACAGCGAUACCAGAUUCACGGGACACAUACGAGCGACUGCUACACACCGUACUGCUGUCGGGCCUGUGACCUUGUCCAAGUGAGCAGGGAGUUAGAGCUGGAAGAGAACAGUCUACUUUUCUAG